AUGCAGCUGACCACAUGGCAUAGUCCUUAUUAUCUUUUAUUUCGGAGGGAGGCCAGGUACCCAUCUGGAAUUCCAGAGAAGUAUGAGGUGGAGGAGAGCCGUGUGAACGCCUUGGCAGAGGCAGAGGAGCUGUGGCCUGGCCUGCAGACCCUAGGGGUCAACCAGAAAGUUGCUUUAGGAAACAAAAAGAAGAGUCAGCAAAAGGGCCGGCAGAAGAGGGAACAAACUGGCCAAGAUAACAAAUUCCAUGUAGGGGACUUUGUGUUGUUGAGAAACAUAAGAGAAGAGCAGCAAAAAGGCGGGAAACUGGAGAAGGACAUGCUGGGGCCUUUCCGCAUCUUCUACUUGGAUGGGAAGACUGCCAGCCUGAAGGCCCCCGAUGGCACCGUGGACCUGGGUACUCCACCUCCGCUGGACCUCAGCUUUCCCCAAAAGGUGGACCUGGGUACUCCACCUCCACUGGACCGCGAGGCUCCAGUCUUGAGGGCACCCACUCCUGAGGCUGUGGAGAGCUGUAAAUAUCUACACCUCCUGAACAACCAUGCAGCAGACAUCGAUAGGCAGGACAAGCACUGGAAGAUGCGAUGGUUCCUGAAUUAUCUCACUUCUCGAUUCCAGACACUAUAUGAAGUGAAUGGCACUGUGUCUGUGGAUGAGAGUAUGAUCAAGUUCAAAGGGCAUCUCUCAUUCAGACAGUACCUCCCCAUGAAGCCGACCAAGUGGGGUAUCAAGGUGUGGGUCAUGGCGGAGAGCUCCACGGGAUAUGUGACCAACGUCGAGGUGUAUUGCGGCCGUGAAGGGAAACACUAG